GAGCUGCCUCACUCGCUGGCACUGCAGCCGCCCGCCAUCCUCAGGGGUUUAAGAACCGCCCUUCAGAGGCGGCCCUCCUUGCUAGCCUGGGACUUCCCAGCGGAGUGAGGGACCCAGCCUCGGCUCCCGAGUUCCCUUCCCGGAGACGCAGCUGAGAACCUCGAUGUACUCGGAGAUCCAGAGGGAGCGGGCGGACAUCGGGGGCCUGAUGGCCAGGCCCGAGUACAGAGAAUGGAAUCCAGAGCUCAUCAAGCCCAAGAAGCUGCUGAACCCUGUGAAGGCCUCCCGGAGCCACCAGGAGCUGCACCGAGAGCUGCUCAUGAACCAUAGAAGGGGUCUGGGCGUGGACAGCAAGCCGGAGCUGCAGCGUGUCCUGGAGCACCGCAGGCGGAACCAGCUCAUCAAGAAGAAGAAGGAAGAGCUAGAGGCCAAGCGACUGCAGUGCCCCUUUGAGCAGGAGCUGCUGAGACGGCAGCAGAGGCUGAACCAGCUGGAAAAACCACCAGAGAAAGAAGAGGACCAUGCUCCCGAAUUCAUCAAAGUCAGGGAAAACCUGCGGAGAAUCGCCACGCUAAGCAGUGAGGAGAGAGCUCUGUAGCGCAGGGUUGUUGAGGCCCGGCCCGAGCGAGCGGCCCACCCCUGGCCCCCACGCCCUCCUCCAGCCCUUCUGCAUCUGGCAGCCCUGAGCCCCCAGCCUGGGGACAUCUGUGAUGUGCAUGCUUGCUCUUGUGAAAAUGCCCCAGAGGGCCAGAGCCCUCCUUCCCACCCACCAAGAAGCUGGGGGGUGGGGGCGCUAAGCUCCCAGGCUUUUCCUUCUGAGCACUCACUGCUUCUGCUCCUAAAGGAAGCUGCUGCCGAGAAAACUUUCCCAAGGCACCUCUCCCUGAAGGAGCUUCUGAGCUGAGAUUUUUCUGGCAGAAUUGGGAAGGAGAGAAAGGCACCUCUUUGGCCGGAGCAGGCCCCCUUUUUGCCCAGGCCCCACGGAGCCCUGCUUCUCUGGGCAGCCCAGCUCCCUGCUCUCAGAAAACUUCCCUGAUUGUGGUUUUACCUGCAGCCGCGUGUGGGGCAACUAAGUAGAGCACCUCAGAACACCUGCUCUGAAAGCCAGCUGAGGGGAAUAUGGUUCAAGGGCAGCUGUCCUCGGUGAGGAAGGGCGGGGUCGCUCCCAAGGCGGCCUUGGGGCUCACAUCCUGCCAGGUCACAAGAGUACUAACAAGGACAGCUCCUUAGAGUGGGCCAGCUUCCCCCACACCCAUGCUUUUGCUUUUUCCCCUCCACAGCCCUCCUGUCUGGGCCUUGUAACCACACCUAACCAGGGCUGCAGGCUUCCUGCUCCCAGAAGUCUAGAACAGCGCUUGUCAAACUUUAUUGUGCCUACGAAUCACUGGGGAUCUUGUUAUAGGACAGCUUCUGACUCCGUAGAUCUCGGGUGGGGGCUGAGAGGCUGCGUUUCUAACCAGCUCCUGAGCCGCUGGCCUAAGGACCACACUGUAAGCAGCCAGGUGUAGUAAAUACCAGAAACAUCGUCCCUGGGGCCACCUCUGCCCCCCAACUGCCAGGAAUCUCUGCCCUGGGCAUUCCACACCCUGCCUCUGCAGCUCCAAGGGCUCUCCACCCCGUUCCAGGGCCCUCAGGCCUGGGAAGACAUUUGCCGAGCAAAUUAUGUCGGUGAUGUAAUUGCCAUUGUCACUGGAGAAGUAUAGCAUCACCAAUCUGCAUUUUCUUACCCCACCGUUCGGAUGCAAUUCUAGCCAAAAAAAAAUUAUUUUACCUUUUCCUGAAGCCUAUGGAGAACAAAUAUAAAGUAAUUUCCAGGGGCCUUCCGGAAAUAUGAACAGGGGCUUGAAGGCCCCACCGCCACCCUUACAGAAAGGCUCCUUUGCACCCCCAUUUCCAGCCCCUGCCUGGUGUCCACCACCUGAGCCAGCUCCAGUGAAUUCACUCAUUCUUCCUCGAAAAUCCCUCCACACACGAGACCACAUUUUUCAACCUUUCGCUUCUAUCCCGUUGUUAAAGAUUUAGAGAAUAAACCAGGCCAGUUUCUCUUUUCCCCCCAUGAAGAAUAAAAUCCCUGGCUCUGGCUUUGCAAACCCACCAUUUCAGGUGAUGGGGCAGUGUUAACAAAGCAUUUCCUUUCACCCCCCCCCAAAAAAAAACUGCCAGAAAAAGCUGCCGCUGGAAUGUUAUUUUAUUCCUGGACCAAAAGUGGGACGUGGAGGGGGAAAGAGGUCAUCCUGGUCUUAACUCCUAACUGAGUGGUUUGAGGAUGACCACAGACGUUGCCCUUUUCCUGGGUGGGGUGCCCGCCAGUGUAAAUAGACAGGCUGUGUGUGUGCCAGUGUGGGUGUGUGUGUUGAGUCAAGCUCUAAAAGGUUCUUGACUGUGUCUUAGUGAGAACGUGGUAAUGCUAUUUUAGAUGUCUGCCAGGUGAGAGCAACCCUAAAGCACAACCCCAAAUAAAGGCCACCAUUUCCCCAAAGUCUCCCCCACCAGGCUAUGUGUUGUGCAGACAUGUGGAAAGAAGCAAGACAGAGCAUGUAGGAUGGAGUAGGCCUCUCAGAGAGGAUGGUUGAGAUUUACUCAGUGGUCCCCAGAGGUGCUCCGUGGAGACAGCAAGCCAUGGAGAUGAAGCCACAUUGUCCAGUGGAGCCAUGGCAGCCGCCCACGUCUACUCCCCUUCUCUCUGGCUGCCUCCCACUGUGGAGGGUGUAAAUCCCAAUUCCUACUGUUCCAGCCUCCUUUGCAGCUUGGGGGGAGGGGAACCUGUGACCAGGUAUGGCCAGUGAAAUUUAAGAGGAAGUCUAUAGGAGCUUCUGGGAAAGAUUAUGCUUUUCUGAUGAAAGAGUCAGAUGUGGGUAACACCUCCCUGCCCCUCCAUUCUUCCUGCCUUGAUUGAGGAUGUGAUGCCUGGAGCCACAACAGCCAUCUUGCUACCAUGAGAAAAAGGCCAAGAGCAUCUCAGAGCACUGACCCUGUCAUCAUUUGACCAAGCCAAUGCCAGCAGCCAUCCUCCUCCAGAAUUCCUGUAAAUAUAAAGAAAACCCUCUUUGUUUAAGCCA